AUGGCGGUGGCCGGGGGCGCUAGCAGUCGUGCAAAUUCGAGAUAUGCGAUGAUGAAAGUCUCAAAGUAGCUGCAAUAUAUUGAAUUACAUCAUGUUACAGCCUAGAAAUAGAGAUUAUAACAUUGAACUUGAUAAAAAACGAUUAAAUUCAACGAUUCGGCGAGUUGAGUCAAGUAUCGUACACACAAAACCAUGCAUUGAAAAUUCCUUUGAAUUCACAAGUCAACAAAGCCAAAGGUAUUUGGUAUGGUCCCUAUGGAAAGAGCUGCAGUUUCACAUGCUGAUUUUGACGAUAUUUACAGAUUUUUAAAUGGCAGUGGGCUUUAAAAUGAAAGACUGGAUUAUGGAGGGUGAAUUAAGAUGCUUGAAGUGGAAGGCAUUAGACCUUCCAAAGAGGAAGCCAAGCAAGAGGGCUGUAGAAGGAAAACCAAACUCAUCACAGAAAACUACCACGCUUUGCUGAUAGCCUGAUACAACCAAGGUACCAUGGGUGCCAUUGGUGUAACUUCAGGAAAAGGUUCCAGUGACACUUAUGCUGAAACACAACAAUUCAUCAGCAGGCAUAACUAAGAAUAGGCAGUCUUGGUGAUAGGGAACAUAAAUGCAAGCAACUUUGGAAAAGCUGCACACAAGGAAAUCUCUUAUUCUCACAGUGGAGCUACUGUAAAGCAACAUACAAGGAAGUCUCGGGAAGACCAAACAACAGAAUAAUGAACAAACUGAACUCCACAGCGACAAGGUAGAGCAGCAUCUGGUGUUAUCAACCGCAAGAGCUUAAGGUCGAAUUGCUAAUUUUGAAACGGAAAAAUAAAAGUAAUAAAUUUCUCGUGUUUAUUGAAAAAUAAAUGGUCAACGAUCAAGAAGCUGGCAAUAUUUGAAAUAGGUCCGAUGAUUGUGGCUAAUCUAAACAACAAACGAACAAGGAGAAUAUUUUGUGGAAUUGUCAUUUUUGUCGGGAUUAUAUCAAUUUUCUCCUGGCAUUUGGUUGUAGGGCAACAGAAAUGGUUAAUCACUUCAUGGUCGGUAGUAAAGGAAACAAAUCGGACAAGAUUACUGGCGAAUUCAAAGUUGCUUCGCUACGAGUUCAACAGAGACCUAAACGUGGAAAAUAUAUUUGAAUCUAAAAAUAUUCUACAAAACAAAGAGUGGAAACCCUUUUCAAAGAAGGUUUUAAUAAUUAGCCGUGGAAGAUCUGGAUCGUCGUUCUUGGGUGAUCUCUUUAACCAAAACAACAAAGUCUUCUAUUUAUUUGAGCCAUUAGGAUGGGCUGCGAGAGAACGUGGACAUAACGCGGCGAAAUUUAAAAUUCUUAACGAUAUAUAUGAUUGUAGGUUCACCAAUGAAAUAUAUUUAAAUUUUUUGCUAAAGGAACGCGGUCAUAGAAGGAAAAGUAAGAAACUGUCGACAUUUCCAGGACAGUGCAGUAAGUUAUCAAAUAGUCCAGAACUAUGCCUUUAUAUGAUUUUAAAAUCUUCCUGCUUCAGUUCUAAUGUCACUGUUGCAAAGGUCUUGACUCACAGACUUCCACAUGGCGGCCUUUGGGGAAUAAGGAAAAUUCUGGACGCAGAUAAGAGCCUACGGAUUGUUCAUUUAAUCCGCGAUCCACGCCGCGUAAUUGCAUCUAUGAAAAAGGUAGGAUGGUUUAAAAACAAGGACUUUACUCAACAAGUUAAAUAUGUCUGUCACAUUGUUUGGGCAAACAUUAAACAUGUUCAAAAUGAAUCCAUGUAUUAUAAGGACCGCUACAAACUCGUAGUUUUCAGUGAUCUGAUGCUUGAUCCAUUCUCAACUGUUAAAGAAUUGUAUGAUUUCCUCGAACUGGGACCAGUUCCUGCGAAUAUUUUUUCAUGGAUUAAAAAGAAUACGAUGAUGAAGGUAAAAGGAAAAUCUGGAACAUAUCAGACUACAAGAAAUUCAACUGAGGUUCUAACUAGGAAAGUAAAAUUUCCGAAAUUUGAAGAAAUGGUUAUUGAUAAAUAUUGUGAAGAUGUAAUUAACUUCAUACAUACAACAAAGAGUAUUUCCAGAAAAUUGCUUAACUAUUCUUAGAAAUUGUUAAUAUCAAUCAUGAAAGCGCUCAUUUUUGUUGACUCAA